UAAAACUGUGGGCGUGCCACUGGCUAUUUAUUGAAAGAAGAAGAGAAGGAAUGGCUCACCAAGCUCACCUUUCAAGAGAGGAACUAGAAGCUGUUCUUCGUCGUCAGAUAAGAGAACUUCAACAUGAAAGAGAUGACGAAAGAAGAAAAAGAGAUAACACCCAAAGAGGCUAUGAGUCACUAGUGCAUAACAUAACAGAGAAUAUUGCGGCAAGUGGUGCUGGGCCUGCUGGCAGUGCUAAUCGUGAAUUGAUUGAUGAUAUCCUCAAACAGGCUGAUCGUGAGAAAGAAAAUUUGCAGCGCAAGAUACAAGACUUGGAGCGGAGGCUUAAAGAUGAGUGGAGUAAAAGGGGAGCACUUGAUUAUGGAUCAGCAGGACAGCUACGAGCAUUGCAGAGAGAACUGGAUAUUAUCAAAGAGGAUAAGAUUGAAUUAGAGCAUAAAUUUUAUGAAGAAAAGAGGAAGAGUAAUGAAUUGCAAAGAAGACUAGAUAACCCACUACUACCAAAUGAAAGAGCAAACAGAGUAGAAAGAGAUAAUGAAUUCUUGAGACAUGAUAAGUGGAAACUGGAACAGAAACUUAAAGAGGAGAAAAGAAGUAGUGAAGAAUGGAGACAAAAAUAUGAACAAGCUGCUUAUCCUAGACAUAAUCCAAUAGAAGAUGACCUCAGAAGAAGAAUUGAUACACUGAAUCAGCAAGUAGAAGAUUUAAGAAGAGAGAGAGGUGCCCUUCAGAUGAAAGUGAGACAGGUUGAAGAGGAAAUGGAAGCUAAGCUGCACUCCCAGCGAUUAAGAUAUGAUGAAGUGCAGCAGGCAUAUCAAAGUGAGAGAAGAGAUAAAGAGAACUUGAAGAAAAGACUUGAUGACAUUGGUCAAGUGUCACAAGUGCAAGCUUUAAACAACCAUAAUGCAAGACUUCAGAAAGAGGUAAUGGAGUUGAGAGAGUCUAAAGGAAAGAUAACAUCAGAUUUAGAGGAUUCACAAUAUAAACUGGGAAUUGAAGAGAAAAGAACCAAAGACUAUGGUGCCAAGGUUGAAGAAAUGGCUCAUGAAAUAAGGAGUAUGGAACAUCAAAAGAAAAGAACUGAAAUAAAACUUGAAGCUGUGUUGAAUGAAAAGCAAGAGAUUGAAACAAAGUUACACAAUAAAAGAGAAAAUGAAGAAAAGUACCAGCCAGGCCGACAACAAAUUCCUCAUGACGACUUAGAAGAAGAAAACCAGAAGUUAAAAAAUCUAAUACGUAAGUAUGAAGACCGGCUCAAAUCACCAGGAACAGCUAAAGACCUUGAAUUACUGACUGCCAAAGUUGAAAGAUUAGAAGAAGAAAAGAAGGCACUGAGGAAUGAUUGUGACAAAUAUUGUGAAGAUAAUGAACAGCUACGAAAGCAGAUUGAAUCGUUUUAUACAGGCCGGAUGUCACAGGGACUGUCUUCUGUAGAGACGAUGCUUCAAGAGAACAUGAAGAGAAUGGAAAGGGACAAAGAGUAUUUGCAAAGAAAGUUAGAAGAUGCAGAAAGAGAAACUGAAGAUUUGAGAGGGAAGAGAGCAGAGCAGAAAAAGAGAGAUGAUAGCAAAAUACGAGAUAUGAUCAGGAAGGAGAAAAACUUUAAAACAGAGAGGGACCGAUUGGAACAUGAAAUCGAUGAUCUGAAAUUCACAAAUAAAAAGCUAGAGGAACAAUUAAAACAAGAAGAAUCAAAGAUCAUUGAGACUGAACGUGACUUUGAUAAAAUGAAUCCGAGGCGUAAAAAAGGUGUCUCAUUUUGUAUUCCCAAUGAUGAGCCACAGUCCAUAUUAAAGAAAGGGAGCUAUACUGAUGAAAGGGAGCGGAUCAAUGAUGAGUCAAUUCCUGCAUCCACUCCUACGUAUGAGGAUUUAAUGAAAAUGAAGGAAGAAAUAGGAAAACUUCAGUCUGGUUUAAUGAGUUUAGAAAAAGAUAAUCGUAGGAGAGAAGAAGAAAAUCAGAGAAUAGAAGAAUAUUAAAUUUAUUAAUGCUUUAGAUAAUACUG